AUUAGGUAAUGACGAGAGCUACAUUUUCAGCAACAGCUUGAAAACUGCAGAGUCAUACAUGUACAUAUUUGUAUAUUCAUGCUUAUGGCCUAUGAACCUCCAUGAAUUGAGGGAAAAUGUUGGGCAUUAUACAACGUGUUUGCUUUCCUUUGGCAGCAAAACGGUUGGUGCACCUGUUGAAAGUGUGGCAUUCACAGUUCUGUGCUGCACCUUCCAGCACAUGUGACCUGUUUUUCUUUCUUAUUUACUCAAACAGAGCUCUAUUUUCCUAACAGUACAGAACAUAUGGAUAUUGGAAUUCCAGGGUGUAGUAACUCAGACUAUUCUGUGGGCUGCUUUUGUUCGUUGUCUUAUUGUUCAGUCAGCUGUGAAGAUGCCUGAACUUUGCCAGGAGGAAGUAUACUUGCCCAAAAAAUACAACACGCACAUACACUGAAAGGAGUCAGCUCUUUCCAAGCACAGUUGUUGAAUGUGUUUUAAAAAUAGUCUCCUGCAUCCUAACAUUUCAAUUCUACUUAAUCAAGGUGAUGGUGACAAUGGCGACCAGAAAACAGCUUAGUUCUGUCACACAACGGUUGUUCACUAAUCAUCUAGAAUGUGACAUAUGCCACUGCCCGUACCAAGAUCCCAAAACACUGUGUUGCCUGCACAGCUUCUGUAUGGACUGCCUCAUGCGAUAUCGUGAUGCCAGAAAGACUCGCAAGCUUCACUGUCCUGUGUGUCAACAGUUAACACAACUCCCCUCUGUGGGUGUCCGCGGCCUCCCAGAUAGCAUAACACUUAUGCAUUUGGCAGAGGAUAUGGAAUGGAUAGGAGAGCAGAAUAAGGACAGCAUGAACAAGCCUACGUGCCCGAAACACAAGGCAAAAGUAAUGCGAUUCUACUGUGACACAUGCCGGAUGUUGAUCUGCCGGGACUGUAUAGUUCUGGAUCACCCGAGAGAAAAUCAUCAGAUCCUAGAUACCAAGGCCGAUCGCACGGGCUACAAGCAAGCGUUGGUGCACCACUUCCCUGACUAUGAAAAGACACUGGCCAGUAUCACGAAUGAUCAUGACAGGAUAGUUGAAGCUAAGAGGGAACUGCGCGACCGAGUGGACGCAGCUAUCAAGGACGUGACAACAAGAACUGCUGAGGUCAUGUGCACACCAGAGGUCAGGGCUGAAGAGGAGAAGAUAAUUGGUGAGAUCUGCACACUGGAAGAAUGUCAAAAGAGCAAACUGUCUAGGCUUGCAAGAGUGGGGGAGAGGCGGAAACUCAGCCGUCAAGUCCUGGAGACAGGUAGAGACGAUGCCACUGCCUAUGAUUAUGAUUUCCUUGCUCUCUAUGAUGUAAUUAUCAUGGGCAUGGAAAUGCUCAGUGGCUGCAGCCCUCCAAGAGCUGAAGGCGUGCGCUCAUAUCCUGCAUUUGCACAUAGCUGGAAGGUCGAAGCUCCCCUUGGUAAGGUGGUGAUGGAAGAUACUUGGGAGCUGUGCUGUGCGUUUGGCAAAAGGGGAAGUGGACCAGGAGAGUUUGAAUCUGUGAGGGGUAUUGCGGCUGCCGAGCCCAACGAGAUUGCUGUGGCAGACUGGAGGAAUGCUCAAGUACUAAUCUUCAACAAUAAAGGGCACAUAAAGGACUCCAUUCUGAUUCUUGCAAAUGAUAUUGUCAGUACAAAGGAUCAAUGGGUGAUUCUCAGCACGAGUUUUGUGAAGGUGUACAACCGAGGCAACAAACAGCUGGCUGAUGAGUUCCAAACGAGGCAACAAGGGGAUGAGGUUGGCAAGGUGUAUGAGGCUCCCCUGAGUUUGGCAAUCAGGACAGACGGCAACAUCAUAGUGGGUUACCGCGGCAGGGGAACACUGACUGAGCACAGCCCAACCAGUGGUGACCUCGUGCGUACCAUUCCAGUCCAGAUUUCACCUUCUUUUUUGGCUGUGAUGAGCAACAACUGGCUUGUCAUCAGUGACCAUGUAAAGGGACUCGUCGAAGUAGUGGAGGUUGCUGAUGAUAAAGCUGUUACACUCUUUACUAUCAGACCUACCAUUAGUGGUGAAAGAGUAAAGAGCUGCAGGGGGGUGUGUAGCAAUGAUUCAGGCAUCUACCUCGGAGUGAGUACAGGCUUUCACAACGGAGGCCAUGUUCACCACUAUGACAAUGAAGGUGAUUUUAUUAGCUGCAUUGCCCAGGGACUUUACGGCCCCUACGGGAUCACCUUCACAGCGGAUGGACAGGAGCUAGCAGUGGCUGACCACCACUCUGUCAAGAUCUAUCACAAGGUCUGAUGCCCUGCAGCAAAAUAAUGACCAACAUCCCAUCUGCAUAAACCCCCCCCGCAUAUCCUCCAAUUUGGCAACCACAGCAAGGAAACUUCCAUAAUCCUUAAAAUUCUAACACUCUCCAAUAAAGUGCCACGCCAUCUGUGCACUAGAAGUGGUUAUCAUCAAACUCCAUGUAAUGGUAAUAGUGUCUGGAUUCUACAGCCCGAAAAUUGUUCAAGAACAGCAUAACCAAGCAAUGGAUACGUUGAUGCUGUGGCCCCCCUUAAUGCUUGAAGCUGGCGAAGUGUUGUGGAAGAGUAUGUUAAUUACAAACCAUCAUUAACUCUCCAAAAUCCAACACUGCAGUAAUGCAGAAAACUGUACACUUUUAAACUAAUUCUUUGUUAAACACUGGUAGAUCCUGCAGUAAAUGCAGUAAUUAUGCGUGGAUUCCACAGUCUUGGAAAGUACAUGUACAGCAAAGGAAAACGAGGAUACGGGCUGAAACAGUUUAUUCAAACAUGGAGAGUGGCAGAAUACGAUUGCUUUCUUCAUGGCAACAAUUGUUCAAGACCACAAAUCUGUAUCAUAAUCCACUUAAGGAGAUUGAAAUGAGAGAUUCCAUGCAGAUGUAGAGCCAAUGAUUUUCCACGAUCAUGGAAAACGGACAGAAUUCUUGGAAUCAACACUUUGAAACAGAAUCCACUGCUAGAAAUGGAACUCGCAAAAUUUCCCACAAAAAAAAAAUAAAAAAUAAAAAACUUUGUGCAAAGUACUACGAAUAAAUGCCUAACAAACUCUUUUAAAAUGCUUGCUUCUAACGAACGAAUUAUGCUGGAAACAUGCUAAAUUACACCACUCCAUCACAUGAUUGGGUUGUCCGUGAAGGUGUGGUGCCAAUACUUGCAAGUGCUAUGGUGCGUGGUUAGGCGAAUGGUUUCCAUGCAUAGUUUAAACUUGCUCUCCCAUGUCUCCUAUUUCAUGUUUACAAAGGUAUGAAACGAAAUUUUAAUUUCCAAAAUGCAAUUUGGGAUUUGGUGAAACGGAAAAUCAUUGGCUCUACAGAUGAUUUCAUGAAAGCUAGAUAAAAACUUGCCAUCUUGCAUCAGCUUUGACAACAAAUUUGCAGCAUAGCUGUACAAUAUUAGAAAAAACUGCUUGGAUCAGCUGGGGUCCUUUUAAUGAUUUUUUUUGUGUAUGUCAGGCCAAUGUAAUCAGGAAAGAGUAUGCAGAAUUCCUGUAUUUCCUAUCUUUUGCAAAGUGCAGAAGACUGUGCCACGUAUUUCAAUUUGCAAUGACAUACGUGGGGAAUCCCACCCCCCAAAAUACUGUAGAAAACAGCUGUUCUUGGGAAGUUGGAUGUUUAGCGUGAGAACAAGGAAAAUGCAAGCAAAAGCCUGAAAUAGAAAGUGCAAAAUUUUGGCAUAUUUUCCUCACCGCUGUCCAUAUACAUGUACAUACUUGUGAUGUCAAAACAAAAAGAAGGAAUAUUUUCAAGGUGGCUGUCAAAAAUGCAGCAUCCGAAACAGUCGCAUCAUUCGAGAGAGAUAAACAUCCUUUUCACUCACUAUUUGGAAAGUUUCAUCUCAGAUCAGUGCUGCCUCUCUCUUUUCACAUUCUAAGAGAAAGUACCAAUUUUCAUUUUCUGCAUGCAAACUGGGAGUAACUAAUUCACUUGUGUGACAGAGGGAUGGAGCUAAACCAUCAAGUGACUUUAUCUUUGCUGACUUGUGAGACUUACUGAUUGAAGCAUAUAUAGUCCAGGCCAGAAGUGCCUGGUACAGGUUUGAAACAGGUGGACACAUAAGACUACAUAACCAAUAGCUGGUACUAUUUGUUGGACUUGAUUUUGGGUGCCAGCGCAGGAUUAUUUUUUAAAUCCUCAACAAAAGAACGCUAAUUUUCUGCCAUUUUUGAAUGGGGACAAAAACCACCUCAAGUCUGCUGUUCUUGUUUAGCAUGCUAAGUCAAGAAAAUUAUGUCAAUGACACAUAACAGAAGUUGUGACGAUGCCAAACCAAUGAUCACAGCAGAAACAUGCUUCUGGUAACAGUGGCAAA